GUCAUUCUUUCUUUAACAUUUCGGCUCUCGGGCAACAAAACGUGGUUUUGGACCGUCCAAAUAUUUAUUUUGCUAAAUCGUCGGAAAUUGGCCACGGCCUCGCGGAACGGUGCUGUCCAUCGGGUCGGGCGUAACGUCGUGCGUCGGUGUGCGUUAAAGUUGACCGGAAUCGGUGCCGGGUGGCCGCGCCAGCGGUGGUCAAAGUUUUUUUUUUCUUGCUGCGCUGCCAGCCAACCCUCUCCUCGUUGUCUGGGGGCCUGCUUCGAUCGGAGAACCGUUUUGCUGCUGCUGUCUGCCUCUGACAGAAGAAGAAUUUCUGAAGGAUUUGUGGAUUCAUCGUCGGGCGAAGGUUGGUUUUCUGGUGGAAGGAAAACGGAAUAUCCGCUUGCGUGCGUGAGUGCGUACGUGCGUGCGUGUGUGUGUCACUCACAGCCUGCUGUGUUGGGGGCCUGUUCCGAUCGACCGACGGAAAAAAAAGAAGCAGCAAAAGAAGACCCUUUUGGUUCGUGGAGUUUCGUGUGGUGUCUCGCCCGCGGCCUGCUGAGGUGCAAGAUUAUUAUGUCAUCAGGAUUCUGCUGCUCGCCAUCGUAGGGGAGAGCGGCGACCGUGACCGUGUGUGUGGAAAAAAAGAGCAUCGCGUUUGUGUGUAAUUGUGUGUCUGUGUGCAAACAAAUAGAAGAAAAAGUCUAAAUUCGUGAUCGCCAAAAGCAGUCAAAUUUGCUGAUUCCUUGAAAGGAAGCGAAAAAAACAACCAGAAUCAAAAGAAAAAAAAAGUUAAGUUCCAGCCAAAAAGAACGUUGAAAAGCGACCGAAACAGCAGCGACAACAACCCCACGGCGAGGGACCAUGGCCAGCGCCGGAACUGGCCACCUCCUGGCCUGCUGAAUUCAACACAUUCACAAACACACACACCCUCAUUCAUACUCACACCCAUUCACCUCCCCCUUUCCACUCUUCUUCUUGCGUUUUGCGUUUUGUUUUUAUUCGCUAGUCCGCAAGGGAGAGUAGAUUGACGGAUAAAGAGAGAGAAAGAGAGAACGUGAGCAAGAGAGAACGAGAAAGCCUGCCAGGUUUCGAUCUGCGUUGGUUCUCGGGGCACACAAGAAUCGUCUACUACUACGGUGUUGCGAGGAAAAAAAAAAGGACGGCGGCUGAAACCUCCCAUCGGGGACGGACCAUCCGUGCUCCUCCGAGGUAGAAUCACCGUUGAUUCCGAGCAAAGCCAAGCAAACGGUAAAGGAAGAAAAAAGGAAAUAAACACGCAAAAAUGGCUACACACGUUUCAUCAGGCGAAACUGGCGCUAGCAACAACAACAAUAACAACAACAACAACAGUUCAAGUUCAUCCUACGCGAAUGUCCUGCUGAACAUCAAGGAGCAGAACCUGAAGCAGCAGCAGCAGCAGAACGACAACAACAAGGAAAACAUUCGCACGGAGAAGACACCGGCUGUGGCCGCGUCGGUGGCCACGACGGCUGCCGAGGCUGGUCCCUCAAAGACCGCGCCGGAUAAAGAAGCGGUGAAAGAGACUGCCACAGCUGCCGUUGCUGCUGCUGCUACUCCGGCGGAAGACAUCGAGGACGAUGGGAGUUUCGUUCCGGUAGUGUCGCACAGCAAACGGGACCGUCGUUCACGGCAGAAGGCGGCCGCGGCAGCCGAGAAGGCACAACCUCCGGCGGCAUCGAAGCCAUCACGGCGUUCCGUAAAGGGUGGUCCCCCGAAGGAUGUUGCCGCUGCCGGUGGUCCGGAAGGUCCGGCUGCGCCGAAGAAGGAAUCCGGUGGCAAGAGAAAAUCCGGCGAGAGAAAGCGAGGUCGCGGCGGAGGUGCUGCUGCGGCGGGACCAGCUGCCGGAGCAGCAGCGGACAAGGAAGCGAACGUGGCCGCCGCCGAGAAGGACUCCCAGGGCGGCGAGACGAGCACGUCGGCCAAGGUCAGCAGCGAGGACGGUUCGGACAAGGAAGCGCCGAAGAAGUUUGUCGAAGCACCGCUGCCCAAAGUGAACGCAUGGAAGGUUACCCCCACGGUCGAGCCGGCCCCGAUCCCAUCCGCCGACACGCGCCCCUCCAAGUCUGACCCCGCGACGGCGGCAGCAGCCGUCGCCUCAGGAGCCCCUCCCGCCGUUGUUGCCGCCGCUGCCGUCGCUCCAUCCACGACGUCCCAAGCAGCUGCCGUGGCCGCCGCACCCGCUCCAAAACCCUCGGAAAAGCGCGUCCUCCAGCCGAAGCAGCAACAGUCCAGCAACAACAACAACAACAAGGCCCAACCGCAAGCUAAAGCUGGACCUCCAACCAAGGCCACGGUGGAACAGGUUAAACCUGCUGCACAGCCCAAGGACAAGAAGAGACCUAGUCAAAAGUCAAAUGAUUUGGCGAGCAGUUCCGACUGGCCGACGCUGGACGGGCGGCAAAAGUCCGGUGUCGAACCGAAGAAGCAACCAGCUUCCGCACCUGCCCAGGUUGAACCAUCCGUGGCAACGGUAGUGGCCGCGGCCGUGGCUCCUGCCACGCAAUCGGCUGCCCCGGCAGAGCAACAGGAUGCCGCCAAGCGUCAGCAAGCUCCGGCUCCCAGUGAAGCGGCAGCCGCACCCAGUGUGGCCGCAAAUGCCCCUGUGGUAGCUGCACCAGAAGUGGCCGAAGCGGCCCAAUCCCAGCAACAAGUUCCUGUCAAGCAGCUGUCGGCCUCGGAGGAAGCCGACGCAAACCGGCCCAAGAGUGCCGACUCGGGUGACCUCAACAACAGCAACGGUGCCAACGGCCGCAAGGGACCACGUCCCAAGUGGGUUCCGCUGCCGAUUGACCUGCCAAAGCCGAGAGCACGUCGUGAGCGUACUCCUCGACGGCGUCGGUACGAUGACUACGAGGAACGCGAGACUGGUGGAGGCGGAGCUGGGGGUCGUGACGGUGGUGGCCGCGAUGCUGGCUGGCACCAGGAGCGACCUCCUCCGCCACGUUCCGGACGGAUUCGGACGAGUCGUGGCGGUGGACCUCCGCCGUCGUACCGCGGUGGCCGCGGCGGAAGAUUGUCCCGUGGUGGACCAAUCCGACGAGGACCUCCCUCGACGCGGGGCGGCCACAUUCCGGGGGGACUUCGACACGGUGACCGGGGAGUGCCACAUGGUGCGUCCGCUGGUGCCGGAGCUCCGUUGACCAACGGUGGAGCCGACUUUGGGCAGGACUUUAACGGAAGCGUCAUCGGCAAGGAACAGACCGCGUUCAUGAUGCCGUACCUGAGCACGUUCUACUACAACGGAGCGCCGCUGAUCGGGAUGGACCAGAUGAGCAUUAAGGAGUGCAUCAAGAAGCAAAUUGAGUACUACUUCAGCGAAGAGAACCUGAACCGAGAUUUUUACCUACGUCGAAAAAUGGACCCCGAAGGAUUCCUGCCGGUCACUUUGAUCGCGUCGUUCCACCGGGUGCAAGCCCUCACCGCUGACCUGACCAUCAUCAUCACCGCAAUUCAGGAAUCGGACAAGCUGGAACUCGUCGACGACUACAAGGUGCGCACCAUCAACGAACCGACCAAGUGGCCCAUCGACCCGGCGGACGUCGGCAACAAUCACUACCAAUCGAACGUGGUCGCACCGCCAACGGUGGCCCCGGUUCCGUUCCCAGCAGCAGAACCUCAGCCAGCGGCCGCACCAGCAGCACCAACCACAGAGACCAAACCACCGGUCCUACCCGUUGCUUCCAAGAUUCUGUCGAGUAUUCCCCCUCCGCCGAUGCCACGCAGUUUUCGCACGCCAGCCGCAACUGCCGCAGCCACACCCGCACAACUAACACCUGCCACCCUCAUCAACAAGGCGCCCGUAGCCAUGGCCGUCGAAGUGGAAAACCUCAACCCGAACGUACCGGAAUUUGUGCCCACCUUUGGAGUGCGGAAACAAUCCGCAGGGAACGUGGCCACUGCGCAACCAACAGCAGUGAGCGGUACUCAACAACAGCAACAACAGCCGGCGGAUGAGAAGGAAAAUGUAGCACAGAUUCCAAAAAACGCCGCCGGGAAAUCUAACUCUGUAAAAGGUGACGCUCCCACCGAAGUCACCGACGAAGCCGACCUGUGGAAGGAGGUCAAGAGGCGCUCACGAUCGGCGCAACCUCACCAGAAGGACGACCAGCAACAACAGUCGCAGCAGCAAUCGAAACAGCAAUCCAAGAAGGAUAAGCAGCAGCAGCAACAGUCGAAGCAGGUCUCCAAGAAGGAAAAGACUCCACCACAGGAUCAGGCUUCGGCCGCAGCAGCGGGCGCCUCAGCAACAGCAGCCUCGACAUCGGCCGCUGGAGGAGCGACCGCCGCCGCCGGAGUCACACGACCAUCCCAGAAUCCGGGCACGGAGGAACGGGAGGAGUUAGAUUUCCAGUUUGACGAAGAACUUGACAUCCCGCGAGGGGGUGGUCGUGUGAACCACUUUACGGACAACUGGUCCGACGACGACGACGAAUCCGACUACGAACUGUCGGAUCACGAGAUUAACAAGCUGCUGAUUGUGACGCAGGUGAGAUUUGCUGGUCCACGCGGUGCCGCCGAAAAGACCCCGCUCAAACUGGCCGAUCCGCUGCAAGUUCGCAGCAAAGCACCGAAGCACGAUGGGUACGACCGAACCGGAGACUUUACGACGCGCACCAAAAUCACCCAGGACCUGGAACAGAUCAUCAACGACGGACUGCACAACUACGAGGAAGAUCUGCUCACGAUCAACUGCCGCCGUGGAGGAAGCAACUACAAAACCGUUCAGCUGAUCUCGCAGGAAGAGUUUGACAAGAUCAUCCCGAAACCGUCGAAGGUAUCGCAGGAGGCACCACCACCACCUCCGCCGCCGACCUUCGUCGAGAACCACGACAGCAGCUUCCUGAACGAUAGCACGGCCAGCGCCGCCCAUCGACACAAGGCGCGCUUCUUCGCGGUCAACAAGGACGAAUUCGUCGAUCCGAUCACGCCGCGAAAGCGCAAAACGAGGCAUUUGAACAACCCACCGGUGGAGAGUCACGUCGGUUGGGUGAUGGACGCCGUCGAGCAUCGACCACGCACCACCAGCAUAAGCAGCUCCACCGGAACAUCCCCCACGGCCUCCAGCUACGGAUCACUGCCGCAGAGUUUGCCCACGUUCCAACAUCCGUCGCACUCACUGCUCAAGGAGAACGGAUUCACCCAACAGGUUUACCACAAGUACCACAGCCGAUGCCUCAAGGAACGCAAACGAAUGGGCUCCGGUCAGUCCCAGGAGAUGAACACUCUGUUCCGGUUCUGGUCCUUCUUCCUGCGCGAAAACUUCAACAAAACCAUGUACCAAGAGUUCCGCCAGGUCGCGAUCGAAGACGCCGCCGAAGGCUUCCGCUACGGUCUCGAGUGUCUGUUCCGGUUCUACUCGUACGGCCUGGAGAAAAAGUACCGACCGCAGCUGUACGAGGACUUCCAGCAGGAAACGAUCCGCGACUACGAAAGCGGUCAACUGUACGGUCUGGAAAAGUUCUGGGCCUUCCUCAAGUACUACAAGAACGCCCCGAAGCUGGCCGUCGAUCCCAAGCUCAAGGAGCACCUGGACAAGUUCAAGUCGAUCGAGGACUUCCGCGUGCUGGAGCCGCAGAUCAACGAAAUGCUCGAGGGCGUCGGAAACUUGAAGUCGUCUCCCUCGAAGCGACGGCCGCGCAGCGUGUCGGAAAGCGAAGGCGUCACCGUGGUGGCUGGGCCGUCGGGCCAGGGUGGAGCCAAGCGGCACGCGGGACAUCACGGUGGACAGCAGGGUGGUGGGCACUCGUCUGGAGGUGGAGGUGGAGGAUAUUCCCAGCAUUAUGCGUACGGGCGCAAGAGGUGCGACUCUGCCGGCAACCGCACCGUGGACGUGACGAACCGCCCGUCGGGAAGCGGCCGCCUGCGGACAGGUUCCUUCGGUGACGGACCGGCCCGUGCGGCCGGUGGCCGUCCCCGAAGCGGUUCCACCGGCAACAAGGUGGUGCGCGUCCAAGGCAACGAACGAUUCACGCUGAACCGACCGUCGGGACCAGGCAAGCAGCAGAAGCAAAACACCACCAGCAGCAGCAGCGGCAGCAGUUCAAAGGUUCCGGAAGCGACGACCUCGUCGGCGUCUUCAUCAACCGCCGCGACCACGAGUGAGAAGCAGUCGACGACGUAAACGAAAGCAACGACAACAACAAAAAAGUGUGGGUAUAAAUCAAAAAUUGCAGCAUCACUUCCGUUGAAGGAAAGUUGAACGAAAAGAAACCAUUCUGAAUUGUGCAAAGUUUCAAAUGUUUUUUGACACUCGCGCGCGCUGCAAAAAAAAAAAAACUAAAAGAAACAUCAAAAGAUUGUCGUCGACCGCGUCGAACCACGAGCGAGCGUGCGCAUAUAUUUUUUUCUGCUCUUUAUAUAUAUUUUAGAGGACUUGAAAUUAAUCGUUUUUUUUUCACUGUGUAGAAACUUUCCGCGGAUAUUGACACUGAAUGAUUACAAAUAGUUUUUUUUCUGCUUUCCUUCCGCCUUUGAUUUCGUUUUUGAGGUGAAACGAAUCUGAAUCUAAAAAAAUAAUCGUUCGCGAUCGAGUUGAAAUUUGAACUUUAUUUUCUCAAUGUGGAGUUAAAAAUUUACUGAAUUAUUUACCGACUACUUUUUUUUAGGACAAAAUUUUUCACAUUUAUAAAAGAGAGAGUGCGAAGGAGAAAGCGAGAGAGCGACUUAUUAACUGCCAUCUCUGGUUCUCUGGAUUAGGAUUAGAAGAGACGAAAGUAGACUAAAAGAGAGAGCGCUUUGUUUUUUUUGCUGCGGGAGGGGAGAGUUUAGGAAGGAAAGAGAGAGAGGGAAGAUAGACAUAAACACACACACACACACAGAGACACCCGCAAACCCACAUGAGCUAAGCAGAGAAAAGAACAGAAAUAAUAAUAACAGAGUAAUAUAACGAAACCAAGGUUUAGAUGUUGCUUUAUGUUUUGAAAAUGUGCUUACGUUUUUCGGUUGAAUCACUCCUAAAAUGCACCAAAUCGCCCUUCUCACUCACACACAAACACAAACAUACAGACAAAAAGAGUUCAUUUUAAUCGUACAUUGUAUCGUGGUUAAGCGUAAAAAUAUAAUACAAAGCUAGAAGUAAAAUGGUAGAACUCUUAACAAACACACACCGCGCAGUGCAAGCAAACAGACACAAACAUAAACAAAAAGAUUUAAAAAACGACUAAAAAUAGCUA